AUGAGCUCUACCGCAGAUGAUGAUCGGACUGGUACGAGCGGGGAUCAGACCAGCAUGCCCGGGCAGGAGGGUAGUGAUGCGGAGUUUGCACGUUCGCAACAGCAGGUUUCGCGAUUGGGGACCCUGGUGGAGGAGGCGAUGGAGAAGAAAGGGCCUGGUAACGUCGUGGUGGACGAAGCCAGUAGGGGCGGCUGGGCUGCCGCCCCCGCAGACCAAGAUGAGCCCCUACAGCCGCACGGCGGAGGUGGAGCGGUUCUUCAGCAAGGAGCGACGAGUGGACAAGGACCACGUCAACUGUUAGAAGGCAGCUGGGCCAGCAGAUCGGGAGCGAAUCCUGCGGGACCAGACGGAGUCGGCCCAGGCGUAAGACCAGACCGCGAGGACGCGAUGGGGUUCAACUUCCCAGACAAGGCGACUGUGAACAAGUGCAUGAUCGUCAAGGAGAUCCUCUCCGAGCUAGAAAAGAUCUACGACCCGGGGUCGCAAGGCUCGAAACAUGCCCUGAUGAACAAGAUGUUCCGCUUUACGAUCCCUGCACACAGCAACAGCAACCCCAUCGAGGAUCUUUACACGCUCGAGCUGCUGUACUCACGCCUGCGUGAGAAAGGACUCAACGCUGAUGGACCCUUCUUCCUCCCGCACUUCGUUGCUGUCUUCCCACCCGAGUACCAACAAGUGAAGUUUGUGUUGGAGACGGCAACGACGAUGAACAGGGACGAGAUCGUCAGGAUCGCGAGCAUGGCGCACUCGAACCUCCCGGAGGAAAGGAAGGCCUCGAAGGGCAAGCGGAAAACAGAGCAUGCCUUCCUCGCGAGCGACGGUAGCAGCGGAGGAGGAGCGCCAGGCCGCGGCAACAGGGGCCGUCGCAAGGGUAGCGGCGGCGGCCGCGGCGGCAGCAACCAGAAGGGGAGAGGAGGUGGUGCAAAGGCUGGUGGUGGCAAGAGCGGUGGAGGCGGUGGCGGCGGUGCAGGCAGCAUGCGCGGUCGCUGCUUCCGGUGCGGAGAGUUGUGUCUGCCUGCAAGAAGAGCGAGUCUGUGCGAUGUGAGAAGCGCAUGGGCUACGGACACUACAAGGCAAGUGCGGGUCCGAGGAGGCGGUGCUCGUGGUGCACUUGCCGGUGGAGGGGGCGUCUGCGGACACUACGGCACUGGACGUGGCGGAAGAGGCGCUGGCGGUGGGUGA